UAGACGAUCUUCGGCGGAGCUAGCGGGCUAACUGCUAGCUCAAAGAGACGCCAUUAGUUGGGAGAAAAGCAGGCAUUCGCAUCAGGUUGAAAAGGGAAGUAGCUCACUGUUUAGACCCGCUUAUCUCACACCUGUUGGUAGAUAGUGGUAAAAGUAAGCUUCGCGUAUGCUGUCGAGGUGUACUUCUCCUGAUUUUAGCCGUUUUUCCAAAGUCGGAAGCUGAUGUGAGCUACGCAGGACUUCAGUUAGGACGGGGGGUUAGCAUUAGCAUCGCUAGCUUGAUAACGCCUGUUUUGAUAAAGCCGAAAGGACUUUCUGUAACAAACUGCCAGCUAUGGCGGCGGGCGGGGCGGGCGGCAGGACCUACUCCUUCAAGGUGGUGUUGCUGGGGGAAGGCUGCGUGGGGAAGACGUCGCUGGUGCUGCGAUACUGCGAAAACAAAUUCAACGACAAACACAUCACAACUCUACAGGCGUCCUUUCUCACGAAGAAGCUCAACAUCACAGGAAAGAGAGUGAACCUGGCAAUAUGGGACACAGCAGGUCAGGAGCGUUUUCAUGCGUUAGGUCCCAUCUACUACAGAGACUCCAAUGGAGCCGUACUAGUGUACGACGUUACAGACGAAGACUCCUUUCAGAAGGUGAAGAACUGGGUGAAAGAGUUGCGGAAAAUGUUGGGGAACGAGAUUUGUUUAUGUAUAGUAGGUAAUAAAAUUGAUUUGGACAAAGACAGACAUGUUUCAGUGGAAGAGGCAGAGAGUUACGCAGAGUCGGUGGGAGCCAGACACUACCACACAUCAGCCAAGUUAAAUAAAGGCAUCGAGGAGCUCUUCCUGGAUCUCUGUAAAAGGAUGAUGGAAAUGGCUCAGUCUGAGGAGAAGUUGAAGGGCAACGGAGCCAGCCAAUCAGCAGCGGGUAGGCGGGGCGUACAGAUAGUCGACGACGAACCACAAGCCACGCCCGCCGGAGGAUGCUGCUCUUCUGGCUAACACACACUCUCUCUCUCUCUCUCUCUCUCUCUCUCUCUCUCUCUCUCUCUCUCUCUCUCUCUCUCUCUCUCUCUCUCUCUCUCUCUCUCUCUCUCUCUCUCUCUCUCUCUCUCUCUCUCUCUCUCUCUCUCUCCCCCGUCAUACAUGCUUGCAAACAUAAUAUUCACACACACACAUUUACAAAUGUCUCUGUUGUCCAGUUGGUCUCCUUUAAAAUAAUCCCAAAUGUUUCCGCUGUGUUCAUUCAGCUCCGCUUCUGCUGCCAAGGAGCGCGGGAAUUCAUUUUAAAUCCUUGUUCCCUCCAAAAAUAAAAGUAACUUUACGGUUAUGAGUAUCUUUUCAGCCAUUAAAUUGGACAGAAAUCUCAUUUUCAGCACUUUGAUUACUAUAAUUUCCUGUAUAACUUGUGUAUUUAAUACUUAGCAACAUUAAUGAAAGUACUGAAAUAACUCUUGAGGACAUAAAAUGGCGGCUCAAACUUCAGCAGAGAUUUAUGUUGUUGUUUUUUUUUUUGGUGGGGGGGAUAAAACAUGCAUCCAGACACACAAACACACACUGUAUAAACCUCCAUUAAUCAUCAUAUUUAUCUAAAUAUAUAAAUAUGUUUCCUGUUUUCAAACCCGGAGGAGCAGCCGGCUGAAAGUUUGUAGUAAAACAGCUCCACCUGCAGGAUGAAAGAGGAACAUUAAAGGGCAGGUUCACCUGCUUUCAUGUUUAUUUCAAUAUGCUCACCGUCCUCGCACAACUUCUCUGUGAGAGAUGGAGAGUUUAAAGUUUUCUGAAGUGAAUACGAGGCUUCAGCAGGUGGACAUCUUUAGUCCUGGUAGAAAAAUGUGUUUGUCCUGUGUUUAUAACAUCGGCUGAUGCGUCGUCUUGUUUUUAGAAAGGUCACAGUAAAUAGUCUGAAUGUGGAGCGUGAAAGAACAUCCUUAACUCCACCUGCUGACCUUUCAAAUCCGCCUGAUUUUGAAUGUGCUGUUGAUGUACACUGUUGGCCCACGAUGCAACAGAGCGAGGAAGAGGAGCCAGCAACAUUUUAAAGUGAGUUCUGGUACCAAAAAGGACGGGAUACUUUCACUUGAUUUGACUCCGUCUGACUGUUGAAGCCUCAGAUUAGCUUCAGCUGAACUUUUACUGUCCUCCAUCUCGGACAGAGUCGCUGCUUCAGGGUCGGCGUCGAUAGGAGCGACGAAGAGCGAGCAGUAACACUGACCCAAAACCACAAAGUCAAUAACCGAGUGGCUGCAAAAUGAUAAGUCACAAAAGGUCCAGUGAAAUUUGAAAGUGUAGAAGAGCUGUUUCAGAUUUCUUUUAUAUAUAUUCCCAGUCAGCAACUUGCAGUGAAGUGAAUUUGGUGCAAACUUUGAAAGCAGUCCCCAGUUUUUAUUCUGUGCUUUCUUAAUAUAGACGGGGAGUCGGAACCUGUCCUUUAAUAACGUUUAUUAAAUCAAUAAAUCUCUCACUUCAUUCAGAGCUGCACACUUCGUUUAAAGGAAGUUUAAUAACCUGAAAAUUAAAAAUGUUUCCGGUUUUGUGAGAAGAAAAAUAUAAUAAUUUAAUAAUAAAAAUAAAUCUGAAGCUGCUGUUAAAGCUGCAUUUUAUUAAAGUCAAGUUUAGAGAUUUUAAAAAAUGUGUUUGCUGAUAUAAAACUAAUGAAGAAUAAUAAUAAUUUAUCUUAUUUAUCCAACUAUGGAAGAUAUUUUGUUUAUAAAAAUAUAAAACACAGAAAAACUCACAUUGGAGAAACUGAAACCAGGAAAUGUUUUGACAUUUUUUGAUUCACGAUUGCUCCGUUUUUCAGUCUGUAAAUUGAACUACUCUGAUAUUUGUUGUUAUUUUAUUCUUUUCUUUUAAUUCCUAAAUUUUAUUUAGUUUUAACAAACAUCAGUUUGCUAAAAAUAAUCUGGAGAAUCAAUUAAAACGUUUAACAGCAGAAAUAUUCAGAAAUCAGGCUGCAGCAACAUUUAUUUGAAACAUCAGAAAAUUAGACGCCUUUAAAUCGCUUGUUUUGUCAUCAAAACAGCAAAUUAUUUGAUUUACAAAGAUAUAAAAUGGAAAAAACAGCAAAUCCUCUCGUUUCAGAAGCUCAAAACAGAUUGUUUCAGAUAUUUGUGCUUUAAAAAAAACUUAAAUUUCUGUCAAUAUCUUUUGUGAUUUAUUUAAUUGACUAAGUGUUUCAGCUCUAAAUAUAAUAAUGGCUUUCGCAGUGUUGUGCAGCUGCUCCUUCAUCCUCCUCUUCCUCCACACGGUUUUUAACACACACACACUCUCUGUUCCUGGACAGAGAAGUAAAAGCAUGCAUGUUUGAUUUCUGUAAAAUGCUUUGUUUGUUUUACUUUCUAAGAGAAAUGGUAAAUAAAAAAACAACUGAACAGCAA